AUGCACUGCUGGGCCUUCUCGACGGUGGUGGCGGUGGAGGGGAUAAACCAGAUCGUGACGGGCAGGCUGGAGUCGCUGUCGGAGCAGGAGCUGAUGGACUGCGACAGCACCUUCGACCACGGCUGCGGAGGCGGCCUCAUGGACUUCGCCUACGCCUACAUCGUGGGGAACCAGGGGAUCCACACCGACAGCGACUACCCCUACCUCAUGGAGGAGGGCAACUGCAAGGAGAAGCAGCCCCACUCCAAGGUUGUCACCAUAAGCGGCUAUGAGGACGUGCCGGAGAACAGUGAGCUGAGCCUGCUCAAGGCGCUGGCGCACCAGCCUGUCAGCGUGGGCAUCGCCGCGGGGAGCAGGGACUUCCAGUUCUAUAAAGGGGGGGUGUUUGAAGGAACGUGUGGCGCUCAGCUGGACCACGCGCUGACGGCCGUCGGAUACGGCUCGUCGGACGGCGAGGACUACAUCAUCAUGAAGAACUCGUGGGGCGGGGGCGGGGGCGAGCAAGGUUACUUCAGGAUCAAGAGGGGCACCGGGAGGCCCGAGGGCGUGUGUGACAUCUACAGGAUCGCCUCGUACCCUACCAAGAACAACGGCACGGGCUGGGGGUGGGGGGCCUGAUUUUGUCAGCGCCAUAUAUAAAUGUCUUUGAAACUCGUUCGUUCAUGGUUCGUUCCAAGUGCUAGCACGCGGAAGUCGGAUAGGAUGCAACAUCGCUUUUCUUUUUCUCGAACACGAAGCGACAUCGUUCAAACAAGUUGGUGGUGGCCUGUAAAACAACAAUUGGCUCCGGUGAGAAGACUCAGUUGUUCUUCGGUGGUAUCA